AUGAAGAAAACAUCGGUAUUGGAAGAGGAAAAAGACGUUGAGGAUGAGUUGUCGGGAGGAGAAGAGGAAGAACAAAAUGGGAGUUUGUCAGAAUAUGAAGAUGAACUAGAUGGAUUAUUGAGGCAUCGAACGGUGAUCGACAAUUAUUUCAAUCAGGGAAGAUUAAAGUCUUGUAAUAGAAAUAAUCGUGCACGGCGAAAAAAACGAAAACAGGGUGAGGAAGAAGAUGGAGGAGAUACAUACUGCGAUACAGUUGAAUGCGAUUUGCGCUUACUCUCAGAUUGGUUUGAAAAAUGUGAUAAUUAUCUUCCACGUGGUAUUGUUCGAGAGUGCUCGAACGCGGAGCGCUUGUUUCCCCGUUGGUUAACGUAUUUGGCGGCUGGUUUUAAUCUCAUUAUCUUUGGCUUAGGUUCGAAGCGUAAACUUAUGCAAAAUUUUUGCGAAAAAAAAUUGCAAGAUUACACAUAUAUUGCCGUUGAUGGUUUUCAACCCUCGGUUAACUCACGUAUUAUAUUUCAGUGUUUGGAAGAAAAUUUAUCAUUGAAAGUGAUUGUUAUGAGCAAAAAUCAGCUGGAAUAUGCAAGUGCCGUUGGUCGUGCAAUUGACAAUAGGAAAGAGGAUGUUGUUCUUGUAUUGCAUAAUAUUGAUGGACCUGGACUGAGGGCAACGAUUGAACAAUGGGCUCUGGCGGAAUUUGCAAAAGCUAAACAUACGCAUAUCAUUGCUACUGUUGAUCACGUCAAUAAAAGCUUGUUGUGGACUCAGAAAUUAUUGAAUGCAUUUAAUUUUCUCUUCAUCAAUGUAAAUACUAUGCAAGCCUAUAAGGCCGAAGUAUUUGCUGGCUAUUCGAAACUACUAGGAUUGAGUCCGAAAGGUUCGGGAUAUGUGCAUACAUUUUCAUCGUUGGAUGUGGUCUGGAUGUCGUUGACAAAUAAUUCCCGCUCACUGCUUCAGCUUAUCACCAAUCAUUAUUAUCGUAAAAAGAAGCCACUGGAGUUUUUUGAGCUCUUUCGUUUGGCCAGAGAUGAAUUCCUUGUUUCGACGGAUGCAGCAUUACGGCAACAUCUUAACGAAUACAAUGAUCAUUGUCUUAUCUUGCGAAAGCGUCACAGCGAUGGCAAUGAAUACAUAUCGAUGGCUGUGGAGGAAAGAACAAUGAUGGAAUUUAUGAAGGAAAAGGGAAUGCUUUUGGAUGAUGACGAUAGUGAUUGA